CUCAGAGAAAGAAAGAAAAUUCAUGGAUAAACCCUAAACAAAUGGCGACGUUUCUUCUUCUUCCUCAUCGCUCGUUACUUCUAAACCCUAGCAAACCGGUCGCUCUAUUUCUGGAAAAUUCUAGAAAACCAAAUACAUUGAAGCAAAAUUUGAACCCGCCAAAAGCAUCCAAUUUUGAUGGUAAUAAUAACAGCAGUGGAGCUGUUGAAAAUGAAUCUCCUAAACCAAGUCGACGUGGCCGUAAAAAGAGAGCCACGGCAGCUCCUUCGACGAAGAAUGCCAGGCGUUCGAGGAAAAGCGGGGGCGAAAACGGCGCCGUUGAGGCUAAAGAAGAGACUGUCAAAGUGGAAGUUUCGAGCGAAGAGUUAGGAGAUUACGAUGAUGGCAUAGACUUUCCGUACGACGAUCCUCCGUUAAUCUGCUGCUUCGGCCCCGUACAGAAGGAGUUUGUGCCGACGGUGAGAGUGCACGACAACCAGAUGCACCCGGACAUUUAUUCCACCUGGAAGAUGCUACAAUGGGACCCGCCGGAGUUCGUUAGGGCUCCGGGUGGCCCGCCGUCCAACGUGGCUAUAUCGCACGUGAGGCUGGGCGGGAGGGCGGCUUUUAUGGGGAAGGUUGGGGCGGAUGACUUCGGGGAUGAGUUAGUUCUGAUGAUGAAUAAAGAGAAGGUGCAGACACGCGCAGUGAAGUUUGAUGAGAAAGUGAGGACUGCUUGUACGUAUAUGAAGAUUAAAUUCGAGAAUGGAAAGAUGAGGACUGAGACUGUGAAAGCCGCAGCUGAGAGUUCGCUUCUUAGCUCUGAGUUGAACUUGGCUGUGCUAAAAGAGGCUAGAAUUUUCCACUUUACUUCUGAAGUUCUGACUUCCCCGCCCAUGGAGGCUACACUUUAUAAAGCAAUUGCAUGGUCUAAGAAGUUUGGGGGGCUUAUAUUUUUUGACUUGAAUUUGCCAUUGCCUUUGUGGAGAUCCCGUGAUGAGACACGAGAAUUAAUCAAGAAAGCGUGGAAUGAAGCUAACAUUAUUGAGGUUUCGCGGCAAGAGCUUGAAUUUCUUUUGGAUGAAGAGUAUUAUGAAAGGAAAAGAAAUUACAGACCACAAUAUUAUGCUGAAAAUUAUGAACAAAUGAAGAACAGGCGGAACUGUCAUCAUUAUACACCUGAGGAAAUCUCUCCAUUAUGGCACGAUAGACUUAAAUUUUUGUUUGUCACUGAUGGAACACUUAGGAUUCAUUACUAUACCACUUCGUUUGAUGGUGUGGUGGUUGGAACUGAAGAUGUGCUCAUAACGCCGUUCACUUGUGAUAGGACUGGUUCUGGUGAUGCAGUAGUUGCUGCUAUUCUGAGAAAGCUGACUACUUGCCCCGAGAUGUUUGAAAAUCAAGAUGUGUUGGAGAGGCAGCUUCGCUUUGCAGUUGCUGCAGGGAUUAUCGCACAGUGGACAAUUGGUGGGGUGAGAGGUUUUCCUACUGAAAGUGCAACUCAAAAUCUUAAAGAACAGGUCUAUGUACCUUCAAUGUGGUAGUUGAGAGCCAAUGAUACAUGUUAUGAAGAGCAAUAUGAUAUUUUACUGGCAGACUAUGAAAAAUCAUAUCUGAUUAGGAAGGGUGAGAUUUCAUGGUGUAGUAAAGGCUGCAUCAAAUUGUACAUUUACGGGGUCUUUCGGGUUCCAUCACUUCUUGAGGUACUAUUUGAUAAAUUAGCCUUUGAUAUUCUUAUAAGUUUCCAGUUGUUUUCACCUGAAAUGAAUUAUAAUCUUCUAGAGUUUCAAAUUUUAAUGUUCGAAAUGAUCUGGCACUUUGAAUCAGAAGGCGCCUUAAGGAUCUGGAAAUGGAAUCGUAAUGUUGGCAUGCAACUAUAUAUGAUGGCCCUUUCUUUCUCUUACCGCUCUUGUAAUCCUCUUCAGUUGUAACUUUCAUUUGCUUGGUUUCUCCAAUAUAACAACUGGAUUUCUUAAAGGGAAAAGUAUUUUUCUGGCGUUCUAUGCAA